CUGUUUGCGUGAAAACACAGCGAAGCGGUCGGGUGAAGAUCCUCUCUGAGACACAUCAAGUGACGGACACACACAUGCACACACACAGACUGCAUGUUUUCUUCUGGACUCGGCGUGUGUGACAUCUGAGGCUGAACGCUCCGAAAACGUUGUAAAUACACGAUGCCGGAUGGUCCUUUAAGACCCGUUGAAGAUCCUGAGGGAAAGAUGCUGAGCUGAGACUCCAGGGUGGGCCCUUUAUUAGACCGUCUGCUGAAUCCUCCUAGUUUGCACAAGGAAGAUCAGGCAUUCUGCGAAUCAGCAAUGUGAAAACACCAGGUACCAAGAUUUUUACCGGACUGCAAAGGAAACGCCUGCUGGAUCCAGUAAGACGGGGCUGCUGUCACAAGUUGCAAUGGAUCUGAGAGAUUUCUCACAGUGAAUUGAAGCCCUCAACCUAAACGAUGGUGCCAGUCUUGUGUUUGGUGGCAACGGCACUCAAUGGUUCAGUGAACGGAAAUCACACAAGUGAGGACCCAGCUUUCCUGAGCCCCCCCGCGGUCCUGUCCGUGUCCGUGAUCUCCCUGCUGCUGCUCGCCGUCCUCGUUCUCCUGGCGGUCUAUUUCCUCAGGUUAAGAAAACAGAGGAAGGCAGACGUCAGCGCUGUGGACAUGAAGGUGCCAAAUGGCUUUCUGGAGGAACAAGAACAACAGACUGUGGUGCUUUUACCACAACCGCCCCCUACUGCUGCUGCUGCCCCCAAGAGGUACUCGGCCAUUUCUCUGGAGUGCCUGGAAGACGAAUACAGGCUGCGCUCGGCCGACGACGGCAAGCUCUUCCGCGAGGAGUACAACGCCUUGCCUGCCAGUUAUGCCGAAGGCACGUGUGAAGAAGCCAACAAGGAUCACAACCAAGAGAAGAACCGAUAUCCCAACAUCCUUCCCUAUGACCAUUCUCGUGUAGUCUUGGAGGAUCCAGAUGGAAUUCCUGGCUCAGAUUACAUAAAUGCCUCCUACAUUGAUGGUUACAAAGACAAGAACAAGUUCAUUGCAGCACAAGGACCGAAGCAGGACACGGUGGCAGACUUCUGGAGGAUGAUAUGGGAGCGGAAGACGGCGACCAUCGUGAUGCUGACUAAUUUGAAAGAAAGAAAAGAGGAAAAAUGCUGUCAGUACUGGCCUGAUCAGGGAUGCUGGAGCUACGGGAACAUCCGGGUGGCAGUGGAGGACUUUACCGUGCUGGUGGACUACACGAUCCGCAAGUUCUGUGUGCAGCAUCAGGCUGGCGACGGCUCCAAGGCCCCGCGGCUCGUCACCCAGAUGCACUUCACCAGCUGGCCUGACUUCGGCGUGCCCUUCUCCCCCAUCGGCAUGCUCAAGUUCCUCAAGAAGGUGAAGGCAGUGAACCCGCCGCACGCGGGCCCGAUCGUCGUGCAUUGCAGUGCCGGGGUGGGCCGGACAGGGACCUUCAUCGUCAUCGACGCCAUGAUCGACAUGAUGCACAUGGAGCAAAAGAUUGAUGUCUUCGGCUUUGUGUCCAAAAUCCGAGAUCAGCGUUCGCAGCUCGUGCAGACGGAUAUGCAGUACUCAUUCAUAUACCUGGCGCUGCUGGAGUACUACCUGUACGGCGACACCGAGCUCGACGUCUGCUCUCUGGAGGGACAUCUGCAGAAGCUCCACAACACGAGCGUGCCGCUCGACAGGGUCGGCCUGGAGGAGGAGUUCAGAAAACUGACCAAUGUUAGGAUAAUGAAAGAGGACAUGAGAACAGGGAACCUGCCAGCCAACAUGAAGAAGAACCGUGUUCUUCAGAUCAUUCCCUAUGAUUUCAACAGAGUUAUCCUGUCCAUGAAACGAGGGCAGGAAUUUACAGAUUACAUAAAUGCGUCCUUCAUAGACGGCUACAGGCAGAAGGACUACUUCAUCGCUACCCAGGGGCCCCUGGCCAGUACGGUGGAGGACUUCUGGAGGAUGGUGUGGGAGUGGAAGUGUCACUCUGUGGUCGUGCUGACUGAGCUGCAGGAGAGGGAGCAGGAAAAGUGCUUCCAGUACUGGCCAGCAGAGGGCAGUAUGACAUAUGGUGACUGUACUGUGGAGGCCAAGGGGGACACCUUGUGUGACACCUUCAACUUGCGGGAUAUGCUUCUUAAAUAUGAGCCAGAGCAGGAGACGCGCCUCAUUCGGCACUUCCACUUCCACGGCUGGCCGGAGAUUGGCAUCCCAACCGAGGGCAAGGGGAUGAUUGACCUCAUUGCCGCCGUGCAGAAGCAGCAGCAGCAGUCAGGGAACCACCCCAUUGUUGUGCACUGCAGUGCUGGAGCCGGCCGGACGGGCACCUUCAUAGCCCUGAGCAACAUCCUGGAGCGGGUGAAGGCCGAGGGCCUGCUGGACGUCUUCCAGACCGUGAAGAGCUUGCGAAUGCAGAGGCCACACAUGGUGCAGACGGUGGAGCAGUAUGACUUCUGCUAUAGAGUCGUUCAAGACUUUGUUGACAUUUUCUCUGACUACGCCAAUUUUAAAUGAAGAGCUCUGCCUUAACGUUACUUCAAUUCUAUUUCACUGUCCCUUGGUUGGGAUGUGUUACUCCUUUUUUGCUAUGUGUGGUCCUACGUUUUGCUAGGCACCUGUCCCAAGAGCUACAAAAAGACCAUGAUGUGUAAUACUGUAAU